AUGGCCGACCUCCCGCCUCUAUCCACGCAGGACACGCGUGGUUCCAUUUCCUCCGUCCCAAUGCACGAAGUCGACCCCUCGCCCGUUGACGAUGACUACCCUACCAACCCUUCUGACAUCGACGCCUCAAAGCUGCCCCCUUCAUCUCACAACACAACCAACUGGUUAGGCCUGACCCCUGCUCGAACACUGCACAUCUUGUCAGUGGUGCAAAAGUACUCGGUCGUGCCCUUCUCGGCCUAUCUGACGAUGCACUACACGAACACCGCCCUCAUCCCCCUCUUCACCCGUUCGGCACGGGAGGCAGACAAAUACCUCCUCCUGACCCGUCCCUAUUAUCAAUCCUUCCCACUCGAACCCCUCCUGGUCUUCGUCCCCGUUAUCACCCACGUCGUCUCCGGAAUUGCCUUACGACUUUACCGUCGCCGUAUCACAGCAAGAAGGCAUGGGGCGGAGACACUCUCGCAGCGCAGGAAGAUGAAGAGCAAGAUUCCGUGGCCAAAGUUCUCGUUGACCAGUGGGGCUGGGUACGCCCUGUAUCCGAUGUUCGUGGCCCAUGUGUUGUCCAUGCGUAUAAUCCCGAAGAAGAUCGACGGGAGCUCCGCGUCCGUGGGACUGCGCUACUUUGCCCAUGGCAUCGCUCAAGACCCUUAUAUUGGAAUGGCAGGCUACGCGUUGUUCGUAUGUGUUGCAAGCUAUCACGUGGUGAGCGGAACGGCCAAAUUCCUGAGACUGAGUGCAGAGUAG